AAAACAGUUUAGCUUCCGCCACGUCAGACUUUGCGACAAGUCGUCAGAAGAAGUCGCCGGCGCCAGAAAGAGCAGACCGAUGGCUCCCUUCGUCCAGCGGCAACUAUUAUAUUAGAAAGUAAUUUUAUUUCACCACAGAUUGGUGCUAUGUCUUCAGGAAUGACUGGGCAUACACCGUGUCUAACCAGCCGAUGGGAUAAGACAGCCCAGCCCAAACAAAGUGUGGAUGUAAGGCAGCAGAGGAGUAGUGAAAAUGCGGGCCGCUCAUUACAAGGAGUUUCCAGCCCCGCUGGUUCAAACAGCCCAGUUUCCCAGCCGCCACAAACGGGAGAAAAGCCAGCGCCUCAGGGUGGAGUUGAAAUGGCAGCGGCCAUGGCUGCUAAAAUAAAUGCCAUGUUAAUGGCAAAGGGAAAGCUGUUGACUCCUCCACCGCUACUUGCAAAGACUGCCCCAAAUGUGCCUGUGCAGUCAGCCACAGAAGAAAUGGCCGUCACAGAAGUCGACAUUAACAACGUGCCGCUGAAUUGUCGGGACCUUCUUACUAAAGGAAAAACCCAGGAGGAGAUCCGACAGUUCAGUGGAGCGGUCUGCUCAACGAAAGGUCAUUACAUGCCUGAUCCUACAAAAGGAAAAGCAGGACAAAGACCUUUGUAUUUACAUGUCCAGGGCAAGAAUCAGGAGCAGGUCAACAAGGCGGUGCUGAGGAUAAAGGAAAUCAUCACAGAGGACAUGCUGAGGGCCUCAGCAGCAUCAGGACAACAGGUGCCUGUCAUGCCUCCGCUCACACUCUACCCCCAGCCUCCUCGUCUCGUCAACAACCCACCCGUGCCACGAAUGCCCAACACCAACUCAGUGCCAGGUCAUCGACCAUCAGCUCCUCAUUCUGGGAGUUUUGUGCACACAAAGAUUUUUGUUGGCCUCGACCAGACUUUCCCCUUCUUCAACGUAAACGAAAAGAUCGAGGGUCCGGGAGGUUCGUACCUGAGUCACAUCCAGACUGAGACGGGGGCCAGAGUCUUCCUCAGAGGAAAGGGUUCUGGCUACAUUGAACAAGCUUCAAAACGAGAGUCUUUUGAGCCUCUUUAUGUCUAUAUCAGUCACCCAAAUUCUGCUGGUUUGGAGUCAGCGAAGAAACUCACCGAGAGUCUGCUGGAAACUGUGCGAGAUGAAAGCGCCCGCAUGGUGUCGACGUACACGGCCACCGGCUCAACACAACCAUACGCAGCACAUGGAUUUCCACCUAAUAGCAAUUACUCUAGCCAGGGGUCCUGGUAUAACUACCCGGCAAAUGGGUAUGCUGGAGGCUAUUCAGCGUACUCAGGAGCCAGUGGUUAUUGGAGUAAUGCAAAUGGUCCCCCAAGUCAUUCUAACAUGUCGACAAACCCUCCAUCUUCUCAGGCAAUGGUUCAGUAUCCGGUGUGUCCUAGGAAACCGCAUCCGUAUCUCGUCCAGGAUCCAGGCAUCAGUGAGACCGUGGAGCCUGAAGGAUCGUUAAACACCCCCCAUGACUCUGGAAGUCCCAGGCGUCAUUUCCAGGAGGGGGCCAAGCAAGACUCGCCUCCGAGCAGAUCCCCAGAGCGUCCCGCUAAUCAAGAGUCUGCUCUUCCUGCAUCCAGUGUUAGAGAGGAGAAAGUAGUACAAAGGAUUCUUAUGCCUCCACCGCCGCCUUUCUUCGCGGCUCCUGGCCCCGUCGCACGCAAAAGGCAGAGAGACCCAGUGUGUCCGCCUGGCAAUGCCGUGUCAAUGGGUGUUCAGGACAAAGUGAGCGAGAAGAAGUCUAAAGUGGAAGAGGAUGCUUCCGGGCUUGUGCCAUACGGGGGGGAUUCCUCUGAUGAAGAGGAGGACAGGACACGCAGCAGUAAGGCUGAUCACUCAUAACCCCUGACCAUCCAUCCCUAAAGUCCCCUUUGAGCACAUCAUGCUAUUCUCAAACACAAAUUCUCAACAUAAAAGGAAAAAUCCACCCUCACAUUUUCCUGUUUUUAAGCCCCUUUAUUUCAGAGAACACAUUGCAUUUUUGAACCCCUUUUCACGAAUUUCUGGUGUUCAUCUGAAGACUGAUCACAGGUGACUGCAAAGCACGCUGUCAGGCUGACAAUCGAUACAAACAAAAACACGGGUAGUCUUUGACUGAUCGCCAGCUGGUCAUGUUUGAUCCCCUGUAAACCUGAGAGGAUUGUUUUAUUUUUGUAUGCUUGUGUAGCUUUAGCCCCUUCUGUUUUUUUUACUUUUCUGUAACUCAUACUGAUGGAAAAUUAAAACAAUGGCCAUUUAUAGCUGGGCUAACUAGUUCAUAUGACAUGAUGAUUUGUUCCACAGAAUUUCCCAAGUGUUAUUCUACCAUUUGUUAGUGCUGAUAUGGGGAGCUGUCUUUUUAUUGUACAGUUCUGAAUUGAGAACCUGCACUUACUGAUGUCUUAAGUUUGUUAAACUAAUCCCGUAUAACUAACUAUUCAGGGUGGGUUCUUCCUAAGAGUUGAAUGCAGUUAUCAAUAGAUUUUCAUCUUUUCAAAUGCAUUUGUUUGAAUCUGAACACUUGGUCUGCUGCAGUUACUGAUGCUAUGAAUACAUAUUGUAAAAUUCAGUGAAAUGUUUUUCUUUCUUGGAAAAUGGUGUAUGCUUGUUCCCAUGGAAUACAAUAAAAAAAAAAACACCUGAAAAGCC